AUGGUAUUACACAACCUGCAGUACGUGAUGAACAACAACAACAGCAGCAGCAGUACCAGCAAUCUAUGUAUUCUUGUAAAAUGCAAGGGCAGCCUCCGAGAGCGUAAACGUGGGCGGCAAACAUAUACCCGGUACCAAACAUUAGAGCUAGAGAAGGAAUUUCAUUUCAACAGGAGCGGCGCAGAACAAUAUUUAACGCGCAGACGCAGAAUAGAGAUCGCGCAUGCGCUCUGCCUAACAGAGCGACAAAUCAAAAUAUGGUUUCAAAACAGACGAAUGAAGUGGAAGAAAGAGAAUAAAUCAAAGCUGGACGGCGGGGAUCUCUUAGACGAGGAACCAGACUCGAAUUAGACGAAUUCUCGAGAAAUUCGUCGUUUUGGACGAUUGAGAUUUGUCCGUGUUUAGUGAUAAAAAGGAGAAGAAGUGAAUCUACCAAAAAAAACUAUUCCGCUGAUUUCUGGACAAAACGUGAAACCAACUCUUCGUUCUUUCAAGUUCAAGGAUUGACGAAUCUAAUUUUUUCGGCCUGGCCGAUUUAUUUUUAGGCAAUUGUUUCGGGCUCUUUUGGAAGGUUCUUUGAUAAUCUGAAAUAUGCUAUAUAUUUAUGAAACAAUUAAUCAGUUUUUUAAAACUUUAUGCAUUAAAAAGAGUGUUCACAAAAAAAUUAAGGGAUU